CCAGAGGCUCGGUUAAAUGAGAAGUUUUAGAAAUAUAUGGUGUAGGUCUGAAAUCCUGUGUAAGAAUCUCCCAGUUUGGAUGUUUAGCCCAUGCAGGAGCCAACUGCAGCUUUUGUUUGGAAAAGAGGCCCCGAAUUAACGGCCACCGGAGGGUCAGGUCGCACGGCGCGUGCGCGGCCAUGUUGAUUAGGUUUUCCUGCAGAACGCAUGCGCAGUCCACAUCUUCCUUGCGCUGGUCAUCCUGAAUGAAGAACCCGCAGGAACAAUAAACAAGAGAUUGAUUCCCCCUCACCAGAAAUCUACGGGUUGUUGUAAGUCAGAAGGCCAGGGGUGCAGUCUGCAACAACGGCUUCUAUUUCUACACCGCCUUUUGAGGUAAAACAAAUUGUGGCAAAGCCACAUGAGGCGAUAUCAGGGCAGAUGAUCAAACGCUUGAACAAAGAGUGUAUUAAAGAAAGAGGAUUAGAUGAUGGGAGACUUGAAUCUGAGGUCUGAGUGAGUCAGCAGGACAUAAACAUUACCGUUGAACAUCUGAUCUGUCAGCAGGAAAAGAUUUCUAACAUCAUUGUGACUGGAAAAACACAGAUCUGAGUGAGAAUGUUCCAGUGAACUUAUUACAGAAAAAGCUUUGACCAGUUACGCAGCCUGAAAGCGAAAUCACUGGAUUUGUAGCUGAGAAACUGGUGUGUGGACAAGCUUUCAACUGAUCAUCCAACCUGGAGAGACACCAGGACACACACAGCAUGGAGAAACCAUGGAAAUGUGCUGACUGUGGAAAGGGAUUCAUUUCCCCAUCAAAGCUGGAAACUCAUCGCCGCAGUCAUACUGGGGAGAGGCCGUUCACCUGCUCCGUGUGUGGGAAGGGAUUCACUGAUUCAUCCAACCUGCUGACACACCAGCGAGUCCAUGCUGAGGAGAGGCCUUUCAGCUGCACUUACUGUGGAAAGCGGUUCAGGCACUCGGGCGCACUCACUGUACACCAGCGAGUUCACACUGGGGAGAGGCCAUUUGCCUGCUCUGUGUGUGGGAAGGCAUUUAGUCAGUCAACCACCUUACUGAGACACCAGCAAAUCCACACUGAGGAGAAGCCAUUCAGCUGCACGGACUGUGGAAAGAGGUUCACUCGUUCAGGCACCCUCGUUAUGCACCAGCGAGUUCACACCGGGGAGAGACCAUUCACGUGCUCUGUAUGUGGGAAGGGAUUCACUCAGUCAUCCCACCUGCUGACACACCAGCGACUUCACACUGGGGAGAAACCAUUUCCCUGCUCUGUGUGUGGGAAGGGAUUCGCUCAGCAAUCCCACUUGCUAACACACCAGCGGGUUCACACUGGGGAGAGCCAAUCCAUCUGCUCAGUGUGUGGGAAGGGAUUUACUCUGCCAUCCCAGCUAGUCACACACCAGCGAGUUCACACGGGGGAGAGGCCAUUCACUUGCUCUGUGUGUGGGAAAGGAUUCAUUAGUUCAGCUACAUUGCUGCGACACCAGCAAGGUCACACCGAGGAGAGGCCUUUCAGUUGUGCUGACUGUGGCAAGAGGUUCAAACAGUCCGACUACCUCAUUGUCCACCAGCGAAUUCAUACCGGGGAGAAACCAUUCACCUGCUCUCAGUGCGGGAAGAGAUUCAUCGAUUCAUCCCGACUGCGGAGACACCAACGAGUUCAUGAGCGACUGCAAGGAUAUGGUUCUGUUAUUACUCACAUUCAGGACUGAAUCACAUUCAUUCUGACACUUGCUGUUUGUUACUGCCAAUGUUAAUAAUCCCUGUAACUGGAACUAGAGAUUAAUAUUCUGGAUCUGUAUGAUUGAAUUUUCAGGGCUGCAGGGUCUCUUUCAAAAGUACUACCUGUGAUUGUUCGCCAUCAUUCAGGGACGUUCACCAGAAAUUAGUUGAUAAAAUUCUGAACUUUUUGCUUUAGUCCUAAAUUGACCUUUGCAUAUUUUACAAUUCAGUGUCUCUUCCACUGAUAACAGCAUUUCCAAUGAGAAUGUGCUGAUGAAUCCUUACUGGCAAUUCUGACCGGCUUGCACAUUCCACGCAAUAGUCCCUCCAAUAUCCACCAAGAAGAAGAGGAAUGGAAUUUGGUGGAGAUUCAAGAGUCUCAAAAUGUUCUCCUGCUCAUCUGGUACAGAAAUCCUAUCAGCACAGGCAUGAAGACCAGUCUGAUCCCAGUAAUGGACUUUGAGAAAUUAGCAUUCAAUAAGUUGAUAAAAUCUUCUGAACUGUAUUGAUUGUUGUAGAAAAUUUUCUCUCUCUCUCAUUCUUUCUUUCGCUCUCUCUCUCUCUUUAUCCCUCUUUCUUUGUUUCACUCUUUCAUUUCUCUCUGUCUGUGUCGCUCUCUCGCUCUCUCUGUCGCACUUGUGAAGAAAAAAAAUCCAUACAUUACUAUCUGUCAGAUGCAGGACAGGCUUGAUCUCUCUGUCCAAAAUGUGACUCCAGCACAGAUCCUGAAACAAGAUAUUUCUGACUCUGAUAUAAUUGGACUUAAACUUCUAUGUAUUUGAUUAGUCAUUAAAGACAAGCUGUUGGAAGGUGUUUCAACCUGGUUUUAACACAAAACUUGCAUUCAGAUGCACACCAGUAAAUUAUUCAGAGGAGACACUGCCAUUCACCAGAGAGACCAGCAUUCAUUCUGCAUCAUCCAUCUGUUUGUCCUCCAGGACCAGGAAACCAUUCUCUCAUGUCAAGGGUUGUGUUUAGCUUCUCACAUUAAUCUGUUGCUUCCUAAUAAACCACUCUUAAAUAAUGAA